AAAAUCACCAAAAAACUAAGGGAAGUACAAUUCAUUAUCACAUCACUUUACGGAUUGGGUUGCAUAGCAGUAGGCUUUAACCUUAUGCUUUCGUGACCACAUGCGAACACAUACAAAUACUUUGAAAAAAUUGUUUUUAUUUUUUUUAUGAUUGAAAAAAAUUGUUUUUAUUUUUAUAUGAAAGUAUUGGAAUAUAUUUUGAUAACUAAUUGAAUUAAACUAGUUGAAGACACCAAGGAUUUGAGUAGUCUAUUCGGUGCUAAUUUGAUGUACAUUGAAGAGUCUGUCUAAAUUGUCCUGUUUGAUCCAUAUGGUUCAAGUUCGUCAAAAGGUGUUGGCCAGCUCUUCGGGUAGAUUUCGUGAAUUUGUUCAAUAAAUUCUAUGAGGAUGGCUCACUCAACAAAAGUUGCACCUCCUCAUUUAUCGCUCUCAUUCCGAAAAUUAAAGAUCCGGUACUUGUGAACCGGAUCAAAGGGAUUCUUGGAAAUUUGAUCUCGGAGCACCAAUCAGCAUUCUUGGCCGGUAGAAACAUUAUGGAUGGUCCAUUAGUGCUUAACGAAAUUCUUAGCUGGGCGAAGAAAAAUAAGAGGAAAGGUAUGUACUUCAAAGUUGAUAUAAAUAAGGCAUACGAUUCGGUAAAUUGGGCCUUUUUAGAUUCGAUUAUGGCCCAAAUGAAGUUUCCUAGUAAAUGGAGAGGAUGGGUAAUGGCAACUUUACAAUCGGCUAGAGCGUCAGUAUUGGUAAACGGGUCCCCAACUAGAGAAUUCGACUGUUCCCGUGGCUUACGGCAGGGGGAUCCACUAUCACCUUUUUUGUUCGUGAUAGUUAUGGAGGCAUUAUCCGGAAUUAUGAAGAAAGCCGUUUCCGUUGGUUUGUUCAAUGGAAUCAAGAUCUCUAAUGAAGGUACAUCUCUAUCCCAUCUCAUGUAUGCCGAUGAUGUUAUUUUUAUCGGGGAUUGGUCACUGUCAAACAUAUUCAAUUUGAGAAGAGUGUUGAGAUGUUACUAUUUGGUUUCGGGGCUUAGGGUGAAUUUGGAAAAGUGUAGUAUCUUUGGUUUUGGGGUGGAAGAUCUGGAAAUACAAGAAAUGGCAAACCUAUUAAGAUGUAAAAAAGGCAAGCUCCCAUUUAAACAUCUUGGUAUGUUAGUUGGUGCGAAUAUGAAUUUAGAAAAAAAUUGGAAAUCGGUUAUUGAUAUAUUUAAAAAUAGGCUUUCAUUGUGGAAAGCAAAAACGCUAUCCUAUGGAGGAAGGAUUACGCUAAUCAAAUCAGUGUUAAAUGCCUUACCCACAUAUUUUUUCUCUUUGUUCAAGGCCCCGAUAAAAGUUUUGGAUGCACUCGAUAAAAUAAGAAGGGUAUUUUUUUUGGGGGGGGGGGGUCGGAAGAAAAGGCUAAAAUGAACUGGGUGGCAUGGGAUAGGACUAUUGCUCCGGAAGAAUACGGGGGGUUGGGUUUUGGUUCGUUAAGAGAUGCAAAUCUAGCAAUGUUGGCAAAGUGGUGGUGGAGGUUCAAAACGGAAAAAGAUGGUUUGUGGAGGCGAGUGGUUUGGGCAAUACAUCAUAAUUCGAGAGGGUGGAAAGACAUCCCAACAAAGGUUUCUAUACCUGGGCCGUGGAAAAGUAUCACAAGCAUCCGUAGCAUACUACUACAAGCAGGGUUGGAUCUGGAGAAGGCGACAUCAGCUGAGUUGGGUAACGGGAAAAAUAUAUGUUUUUGGUUAGACUGCUGGGCCGGUAAUGAACCGUUUUACGUAAUGUUUCCAGAACUAUUCAGAGCUGAAAAACAUAAAGGAUGUUUGGUUCAAGAUCGGCUGGUGACGAAUGGGCCGAAUCUGAUCUUCAGUUGGGCCUGGCUAACACCGGAACUAGGUGAUAUUGAAGCGGAUCAGCUAAACCAAGUUGUGGGCCUGAUUUGCGGUUCUAGUGGGCUGAACAUGUCAUCUGGAAUGGAUAGAUGGCAGUGGACUUUAGAUGGUGGUGGAAGUUUCAGUGUAGCAAGUAUAAAAAAAACUCUAAGCUCGGUUAAUCGUGUGCGCCCCGGUAAAGCGUUUGAGUGGAAUAAUUGGGUACCGAAAAAAGUGGGCAUCGUGGCAUGGAGGGCAGAGAUGGAACGAUUGCCAACCAGAUGUGCUUUGGCGGCUCGGAGUAUCCCGGUGAACGACAGAACUUGUAUCAUGUGUGGAAGUUAUGACGAGUCAAGUGAACACCUGCUUGUUUCAUGCCAGUUUGCACAAAUGGUAUGGCAAAAUAUUGCAUUAUGGUGCUCGAUUCCCCCGAUUAUAGCAUUUGAUUUAAAAGACAUGUUGACGUUACAUGAGGUGUGUACGGUUUCCGGAAAAAAAAAGAAGGUAUUACAUGCGGUUAUUUUGGUUGCAAUUUGGAGCAUUUGGAAAUCGAGGAAUGAGGCCGUGUUCCAGCAAAAAUCUCCUAACAUGACCAAGACUCUGGAUGAAAUUAAAGCGAUGGCGUACCUUUGGGUGAAGAAUCGGUCAAGAUCGAUGACAUUAACGUGGGAGGAUUGGAGCAAAUUCAAGAUCUAGAGAUGAUGUAAUUGUAUGGUUUGGUAUCAAUUGGUGUAAAACUUUUGUAUGUUUGGUGGUAGCAUCUUGCUACAAAUGAAUAAAAUUAUUUUGUCGGCCCUUCAAA